AUGGUUCGACCAUCUUUUACACAACUUGCAGAUACGUAUAAGGACAUUUCGGUGAGGUCGUUUGUUGCGAGGUAUAACCAAUUUCUACAAAAUGACCGUAGUCCCCAUAAGCACGACAUAGAAGCUCCCAAUUCAAUCCGUAGCAUACUCCCAAACCCAAAUUAUAUUCCACCCAAAAAUCCGAUUGUCCUAUGUCAUGGCCUUUCUGGCUUCGACCAAUUGAUCCUCUUACCCUCAGUUCAAACAAUUACAAAGCUGCUAAUGAGCGGUCUGAAGACUUCUCAUGACGAUUACUUCGUCCAAGACUAUGAGGAAUCUCAAUCCAUCGUUCACAUCGAAUAUUGGAUCGGAAUCAAGGAAAUGCUGGAGAGGCAAGGAUGCACCGUAAUCACUACAAAAGUGCCACCUUUUGGUAGUAUAGAAGAGAGAGCUACUGCAUUGAGUAGUUUUUUAGAAUAUCAGACAGCAAAAUUGAGAAAGGGUAAAGAGAAAAUCAAGCUGAAUUUGAUUGCACAUUCGAUGGGGGGACUUGAUUGUAGAUAUCUUAUAUCGAAACUACCACAAAAGGAAAACUACGAAGUCAUUAGCUUGACUACUAUCUCCACGCCGCAUCAUGGAUCAGAGAUGGCUGAUUUUAUUGUGAAUCUUUUUGAAAAUAUGAAAUUGAAACUCAAGAUCAAUCAAGAUGAAACGUUACCAAUAUGUUUUUACCAAUUGACUACAAACUAUAUGAAAUAUUUCAAUCUAACUACACAGAAUGAUCCUCGAGUAAGUUAUUUCUCAUACGGUUCGUAUUUUAUACCGAAAUGGUACAAUGUAUUUUCAUUGUCUUGGAAGAUAAUUGAUGAGGCCACAAAUGGAAAAGAAAACGAUGGUAUGGUGACCGUUGAGAGUAGUAAUUGGGGUCAAUAUCAAGGUACGCUAGUUAAUGUCGAUCAUCUAGAUAUAAUCAAUUGGAAAAAUAAAAUGCAAAAGGACAUAAAUAAGCUCUUUGAGAGGAAAGCCAGCUUGAGCGAUGAGGAAAUUAAUAUUGUUCAAUUUUACCUUCAAAUAACUGAUGAACUGGCAAAGAGAGGGUUCUAG